AGGAAGAAUCAAACCAAAGCAAUCGUGCUCGAGAAUUAAAUUAAAAGACCAUUUUCGUCCGCACCAACUCUCAGAACAUCAAUCACUUGAUCACGUCACGCGAAAACCGAAUGGAAGAAGAAGAAGAAGAAGACACGUCGCCACCGUUCUGGACGGAAAGCGGCGGUCGCCGCCGUCUCCGCCGCUCGUACUCGCUGUUCCUCAGCUCCAGUGCACCUCUAAUAUGCCUUCUGGUGAUUGCACUCGCAUUCAUGCUGGUCAUAAUUCCCACGCUGCACUCUUUCACCACCCAAAUUUUCAAACCCAAUUCGGUGAAGAAGAGCUGGGACUCCCUCAACUUUGUGCUUAUCCUCUUCGCCAUUCUCUGUGGCUUCCUCAGCAGGAACAACUCCAACACCAACGAAAGCUUCUCCGACACGCCACUUGAGUACGACAAACCAAACCCUCCAUUACCGCGACCGUGGUACGAGGAAUCAGAUCGAACGCCGUACAAAUCGUAUAACAGGCUGAGGAGUUUCAGCUCCCACCCGAAUCUCCGGCAAGAGUCGCAGUGGCUCGCCGCCGAUGAACGGUGGCGAUUCUAUGACGAUACGCACGUUAACGGUUACCGUGGAUUUGACUUGGAGGAACACCGGCAGCAUAGAACGGAGGCCGGAGAAGAAGAGAGCGUUGAGAACAUAGAAGUGGUAGCGAAGGAGGUUCCACCACCGCCAGCUCCGGCGGAGAGGAGGAGUGGGGGAAAUAAGAAUAAGAGAACAAGUGCAACUAAAGAGUUGUUGACAUCUUCGAAGGGAAAGAAGAAGAAACAAAGACAAGGAAACGUUGAAAGUGUUAAGAGCAUUCCUUCACAACCUUCCUCAGUUUUUCAUAAUAUGUUUUCUUCUAAGGAAAGCAAGCUCAAGAAAGUUAACUCUGCUUCAUCGUCGCAUGUUUCAUUUUCCAAAACCGAACCGGUUCGUGGGGAUGUGGUGGCUACUUCCAGUAGAUCAAACAAGAGAGAGGAUUUCUAUGCUUCAGAAGAAAAUGUGGUUGUUACUGGCAACGACUCACCUUUGAUCUCGAUACCUCCACCGCCGCCACCACCGCCGUUCAAAAUGCCGGCAUGGAAGUUCUGGGUGCAGGGUGACUUUGUUAGAAUAGAUGGCAUUAGUAGCUGGAGUAGUGAUUUGGAAGAUGAAAUUGUGGAAUCACCGAGCAGUGAAGAUGGUGGAGCACCUGAAAUCUUAUUGUUCUAUCCUAGUCCUGAUGUUGAUACCAAAGCUGAUACUUUUAUUGAAAGGUUCAGAGCUGGUUUAAGGGAGGAGAAGAAGGGAAUUCGUACGUCCAAUCUACGCCCUUCACCAAAGCCAGAAGCUGGACGGACCAAGUAGAAUUUAAGUCAAUGCAUCACCCAGUUCUGAUUGGUUUGCUUAAACAAGGUUAGCCCAAAGAAUUAAAGGCAAUCGUCCCUCCACAGAGCAAUGUCUCGAGUAGAAAUAUUACUGUAAAAUGCUCGAUUCUCCCUGGUAUAUUCUUGAUUUUUCACCAUCCUUAGAACUUUAAGAAACUCUGCCCAGCUCAUCCCUUAAAGGUGAAGCCAUAAAUACAGCUAUGCCUGCCUUUCCUGUUUAAUAACGUGUUUUACUCCAUAUUUAACGAAAAAAUCUAUCUAAUUUCCUCUUGAAAAAAAUUAUAGAAUCCCCAAUGGCUUUUUGUA